CAGCUGGGCCAUUACUUUCCUGCCUGGCUGCCAGGAGCAGUGCUGCUGGUGGCUGACACAGCCCUCUGCCUGAGCACCAGGUGAAGCCUGUAGGCAAUCACUGCCUGCUGCUCUGGGCAGGUGUAGGAAAUUAAAGUGGGCCAGGGUUUGUGCACUGUCUAGAUCUGCAGCACGAAUGUAUUGAGUCUAGUGCUUUGUGAAGAGGUCUUGAAGCUAUUACAGAUGGAAGUCAGGCAUGACUGGCUUUCCUCAUCCCCCCAUGAGGGCUUCGAGCAGAUGAGGCUGAAGAGCAGACCCAGGGAGCCAUCACCUAGCCUCACGAGAGUAGGUGCGAACUUCUACAGCACCGUCAAGCAGCAGGACUACAGUGCCAGCGUCUGGCUGAGGAGGAAAGACAAACUGGAGCAUUCCCAGCAAAGAUGCAUUGUGAUCUUUGCACUGGUAUGCUGCUUUGCAAUUCUCGUUGCACUGAUAUUUUCGGCAGUGGAUAUUAUGGGAGAAGAUGAGGAUGGACUCUCGGAGAAGAACUGUCAAAAUAACUGUCGGGUUGCUCUUGUGGAAAAUAUUCCUGAAGGGAUCAACUAUUCAGACAGUGCACCAUCCCACUUGUCUCUUUUCCAAGGCUGGAUGAAUUUGCUUAAUAUGGCUGAAAAGUCUGUUGACAUAGUAUCUUCCCAGUGGGACCUCAAUCACAGUCAUCCAUCAGCAUGCCAGGGUCAACGUCUUUUUGAAAAAUUGCUUGAACUGGCAUCCCGAAAUAUUGAGAUAAAACUAGUGAGCGACAUACUGCCUGUGGAAUCAAAAGUAUUAAACGACUUGAAAUCAAAGGGUGCUGAAGUGCUAUAUAUGAACAUGUCAGCGUAUAAUGAAGGACGCCUUCAGUCAUCUUUCUGGAUUGUAGAUAAACAGCACGUGUACAUUGGAAGUGCAAGCCUGGACUGGAGAUCACUGGGACAGAUGAAAGAACUUGGUGUCAUCGUGUACAACUGCAGCUGCCUGGUCCUGGAUUUACAAAGGAUAUUUGCCCUGUACAGUUCGUUAAAAUACAAGAAUAAAAUACCUCCAAGUUGGUCUAAGAGACUCUAUGGAGUCUACGAUACUCAAAACAAACUGACGCUGCAGCUGAAUGAGACAAAAUCCGAAGCUUUUGUGUCGAAUUCACCUAAACUCUUCUGCCCAAAGGACAGAGUCCUGGAUAUUGAAGCUAUAUACAAUGUUAUCGAUGAUGCCAAACAGUUUGUAUACAUAGCUGUCAUGGACUACUUGCCGAUCGUCAUUGACACAAAUGCUAAACGAUACUGGCCAUUUUUAGAUGGGAAGAUAAGAGAAGCAUUAGUUUUACGAAGUAUUAAAGUACGACUCCUCAUAAGUUUCUCAAGAGACACAGAUCCUCUUACUUUCAACUUUGUUUCGUCUCUCAAAGCUAUCUGCACUGAAGUUCCAAGCUGUAGUUUGAAAGUUAAAUUCUUUGACCUCGAGGAAGAGGGUGCAUGCUUUCUCAAAGAUCAGAAGAACACUUCCCUUCCAAAACUAAACCGUAACAAAUACAUGGUGACUGAUGGAGCUGCGUACAUUGGUAAUUUUGAUUGGGUAGGAAAUGCUUUUACGCAGAACGCUGGAGCAGGCCUCGUUAUCAACCAAGCAGACGCGGGGAACAGCACAAGCAUCAUAAAGCAACUCAAGGCUGUUUUUGAAAGAGACUGGUAUUCACAUUAUGCCAAAAGUUUACAACCAACAAAAAUGCCAAACUGUUUUAAUCACAAACUCAGUAAAGCAACAUCAAAUAAGACUGCCAUGAGCAAUGUGAACUAGAGAGACUAUUUUACUGUUUAGUAUGGCAAUGAAGAAUUACACUGGGGUGUAGCCCUCUUUCAUAUUUACAGACAAAAGACUUCAGAAAAAAAAAAAAAAAAAGUUUGGUUCGGGGGGGUGAUUGUUUUUAGGAAAAAGCACACUUAUAUAAAAACUGUCUAAAAUAUAUUCUCUAUUGAUUUGGGACUUUCAAGGUUUGUUACUUCUGACACUGAAUGUCAUUUCUGCUUCCAUGUUAAUUUUUAUGUUCCUCGUUUGAACUUAACUGAAACAGAAGAAUUGACUCAUACUGUUUUAAGAAUUCCCCUAAUUGCCAUCCAGGCUAGAACAAACCCUUGGCAGAACUGAGAUCCUGGCUAUGAAAUGGCAUUCUAAGAUCAGUUACUAUUGAUGUACAAGUAGUGGUAGGUUUACUAUAUUAGAAAAGAUAGCAGAGUAAGGAUAUAUUCACUAUUUAAACAAUUCCCUCUAAAUAAACAUCCAGUCAUACAAGUUUUUCCUAGUUUUCAGCAUUUAGUGUGAGCAUCACUCCUGUGUGUUUUCUAAAUAGCCUUAAAUUACAUUUGAGUUCUGUAACUGGUAAUUUAUUCAUCUCUAAGGGGACAAGGGUUUUGAGGGAUUAAGGUUGACCCAAUCAAAUUUAUUAGAAUCCCUGGAACCUCUCAGUUAAAUCUUAAUUUUCAAUAGCAUAACAUGGAUUCCUUUCAACAUAACUGCUAUUUAUAAUUACAAUAGUAUAUAACAAUGUAAAUCUCUUUAGUAAAAGCAAAGAUCGAGGAUUGAUUUUUCUUGCAAUCUCAAGAAAAAAUUUUACUGAAAUAUUCAUCAAGUGCAGGCCAGCAGUUGCUUGCUGAAUCAUUUUCAGACAACUUUAUGUAAACUUUUUUUUUUUAUUUAGUUUUUUUUAGGAUAGUAAAAGGUUCUGCAAAAAAUGCAAGAAUUGUUUAAUUUCAUACUUCUUUUUCCCCUUCACAUCAAUAAAAAACACGUGAAAUAGCUUUUUUUUUUUAAUGUCAUCCAUAUAGAUAGAAAUAUCAGUCUAACAGAAAUGUGAUGCUUUCAUUUAGGCCCCAGUUUCAGCUGGCAUUAAUGGUGUCCUUCUACAACCAUGACUCAGCUGCACUAAGAUGCAACUGUUCUGCAAAAGUGUGAAUUUGCUCUUUAAAAAAAAGGUAUUAAUGUCUGACAAUGGAAUUUUCUCCAGCCCCAUAAUAGCUUAGUUUCUUAAUGAAAAUCCCUAUCCUCUGCUGAAUGAUACCAGCUGCAAAAGCAAACUGCAUUCUUCAUUUUGUUGAAAACGUACUGUAUUCAAAAUGCAGACUGUUCUUACCAUGCUGAAGGUUACAGAAGGGACUAUCUGAAAGCUGUGGGUUAACUGAAAAGAAAUGUCUCAGAGGAUUACUUUCACCUUAAGAACAAGUUAAUUAAAAAGACACCCUGACUCAGAAUGCAGGUUUCAUUUACAAGCUUUGAAGAAAAAAAAAAAAGUUUUACCUUGAAGUAAGCACAGUUUUUGAAUGUGCACCUUUUUAGAAUUUCCUAAUGCCAUUUUCUGACAGUUUCCCACUGGAGAGAGAGGAACACACCAUGAAACUGGUUGUGACUGACAUGCUUCUCAUAAGCACGGUUUGUUUUGCCAUUUCCCAGCUGUACAUCAUCUUACUGAAAAUCAUUCUAUUAGUUGUCACUUUUACAGAAAAAACUGUGCAGAGCUCUAAUGCUCAAGAACAUUUUGUAACAUUCACAUAAACCAUGCAAUUUAUUAGCCUUCACACAUACAGAGAAGAGCAUAUAUCCUGACAUUCAUUUAAGAAACAAAGAAAAGUAAUCUGAAGAGAGAAAAGUUACUUGAGUUGCUUUGAAGGAAGUCUUUGCAAAGAAAAACUUUCAUAUUUUCCUUCUUCUGUAUAUAACUUCAGCAUAUGUAUAGCAGGCAUGGUACAGAUCCCCAGCACUUAAUUAACAGUGUUUUUUCUAUUAUUAUUAAAUAAAGAUUAGUCCAGAUUCAUCUCUGGUGAAACUCUUACCACUCAGCUAAGUUGUAUCACCAAUGAAAUUUGUCUUCUGAGUCAAUGGGGGAAAAAAGAAUUAAAAAUAAGUAACAUUUUUAAAAACAGGUUGCAAUACUUGUAAAUUUUCUGAGAUUGAGAAUAAGUCCCCAUGGAUGGGUGAUCUUAAAGCUCAAGAUAAAUUUAAUACUGAGUCUUCAGAAAAAGGGAAAAGAAAACCUACAUAGAACCCCUUCUCCCCACUGUCCAGAGUUGGUAGCUGUAGCUCCUUAUGGCGAUAAUAUUCAAUUAAUUAAUUAAUUCAAUUAAUGUAGUAUUUUCUCCCUCACAUUAUGUAUACUAACAAUGUCUUAAGUUUCUGAAAUGGCGUUUUGUACAUGUAAUGAAGAAUCUCAGUGAAAGAGACAUUUGUCAAAUCUGUCUCUUCUGAUUUAGUAUUUAGUGAUGAGACAAUGGAGUUGCCAUUGACCUUCUAUUCAGGAUACCAAAUGAACAAUUCAAAUUAGUAGUUUAAUCGGACAGAUUUUAGGGAAAUACAAUCCUGAGCAUUAACCGGGUCCAUCUGUUUACAACUACAUUCUUACUGACUUGAUGAACAAAUUGUGAUGCUUCAAUGAUCCCCCCCCAAAUGUAGUAGUAUAUUCUGUUUUUAUGAUGGAAGGGGUCUGGUUUUCUCUGAGCAGCUCUAAUGCAAAAUAGUGUCAGCCAUCCCACAGCCAGACUGGCAGGCUCAAGUUUCAUUUGGUAUAAAGCACAGGUUGGUGUUUUAAUAGCUGUUCGGAAUGACAGCGGCUCCAAAGCAGCACAGAAGGCUUUGGUCUCUUACAUUAGCCAAAAGACAAAGUGCAUCCUUGGACUUCAGCAAGUAAGAAAUUGAGGAGAAAACAAACAGACAAAAAAAAUAUAUAUAUCAUACAAACAUUAUUUUUUUAAAGCUGUUGCAGCCAAUUAUUUGUUUCUGGCUAGCAUUGUUCCUGCUUAACUAGAUUUGCCACAGCAGCCUCAACUGUGGCUUCAGCUCUUUCUGCCAAUGUAAAUAAUUCUUUAACAAAUCUAUUUCACAUUAAGUUACCAGAGAUCUGUCUAGGCCAGUUACCUCUCGCUUCAGCUCUUCCGAAUAUCACCACUGCACAAUGUCCAAACCUAACAGGAAUUUCCAUUCAGCAUUGUCUCACAGACCUCAGAGAAAUAAUCCAAAAGAUGCACUUUCUCUAAUCCCCUUCUAGCUGGCAUUGGUAACUCUGUCAUAUUACAAGCAAUUUCCUAAACAGAACAGCUUUAUUCUUAAAGAAUACAGACUGUAAUUGUUGUUUGCUGCAUUGACUAGUGCCUUACUCAUAGUUUUUGUUUAACUGUUCUUCAAGCCAAGUCCUGCUAAGAUCUUGUACUUGGUUCUGAGGCAUACAGCAAGCCUCCUAAGUAAGACAACUACACAUUGUUAUGUUUACAGGUUAGUACCUGACAUUAAAGUCACAAAAAGACAGAAACUGUAAAUGUGAUGUUGGUCCAAAUGUCAAGCAUGUAAUUCCAAGAAUUUUUAUCCCAGCCCAGUUUUAAAACUGAACUCCACAAACUCCUCCUGCAUUUGUUAUCAACUAACUCACAAAGCAAUCAAAGCAGUCUGUGCUGCUCAAAUAUAGAAACAAGUGAAAUCGAAAUUCUCCCAACACAUGGCUGACAGCAAAACUUCACCACAGGAAUUCGUUUAAAGCACAGGGUGAAGUCCAAUACAGUGGUUAUUUCACAAAUCUCACAUGUUACAGCUCAGGUAGUUUUGGGCAGAACACUGCUUUUUUUCUGCCUCUAGCAUAUCAUCUUAUUUAUCAAGCUAAAACCAGGGAGGCGAUAGUUACUGGGGGCUUGGUUGUUGGGGGUCUGUUUGGGUAUCUGGAAGAAGGAGACAAAAAAAAUGCAAUAGAGUGGGCACUUAACUAUUGCCCUGAAGAAAUACCUACAGCUACUCUUUAUUUCUUUCUAGUCUUUCUUUCCAAAGACCAGUAAAGCAAUGGCCACAGAUGUACCCUGACUAAAAAAAGAUUUAAGUAAGUUUUUGUCUGAUUUACUAUUUUUUUGUAAGUAAUGCAUCUUUGAAGUGAAUUGGCUGGCCUUGCUGUGCAAUGUAUUACACACAAUUCAGGGCCCAGUACUCCUUCCAAUAAAUCCAGACUGUGAACACAGCUCAGGGGAAAGCCUGAGAAAUGAGUAAAAAUGCUCAGAAUUCUACUCUUAAGAGCUACCCAUCUUUGCAUUCUACUAACUAUCUAAAUUCUACUACUUCACUGAGCAUUACACUCAUAAAAACUGAACUAAGAUCCACAUUAAUGUUACCUACCAUGUCAUCCUAAUCCAAAGAGAAACCCAGACAGAGAAUUUCUAUUUGCUUUUUUUUUUUUUGUGACUUUACUGUGUACUUACUGAAAACAGCACAGACUUUUCCAAUAAGAUGGUAAGACAUCAGCUGGCUAUUCCAGAUUUUCAAAUUGAAGCCCUUUACAAAUAUCUUUCUCUUGAACAUCAUGUACUUGACUCCUGAGAAUGGCCUUAUAGGGAGUUGUAAGCUACCAUUUUGGACUUCAAAAUUAACCCUUUCUUUCAAUACAAAAAUAUCAGCCACACAUACCCACUGUAUGUUUGCAGAUGUUAACUUUUGGCAUUGUUUUACUUCCACUCCUAUCCUUUCUACACAUACGUACUCACAUUUUUUCACUUGACCAAUUUAAUCUACAGUAAAAAAAAAAAUGAAUCCUUGGUGUAUUUUAAGUUCCCAGUGAUACCUCCUGAAUUGAACACACCAUUGAACAUGUUCCACUUACAACACCACGCUCUAUAGUAGCUCAGCUGUUACUUUACACAGAAUACCUUUUUCACCUGUAAUUUUUCCACUAUAAAUACUACUGAAUAUUACUUAGAAAUUUCUCAGUGUUGGAUCAGGUAGCUUUUUCAUCAUUGCUUCACACAAAUGCCUUAGAAGCUUGCCAAAGUAGCACGUAAAAGAAAGAGACCUCAUGCAAAGCAGUUUAGACAAUGAAAGAAACUCACAUGCUUUACAAAGUGUGGAUGCUGAAGUCAGCAGAUAGAUUCUAGUCUUAUAAUAGUCAGGGAGCUGCAUGUCUGAACAUGUUAAGCUUCUCUUUAAAAAGGAAAAUAAGGUUGAUAGCUGACUGAAGUAACAAAAUAAAAGAGAAUAUGGCAAAACAAUUCACUAUUGUAGCAUUCCAGGGGAUUAUUUAGUGCUCCUACUCAAAAGUUUUACGUUACAUGGCCACAAAUGUGUGUAACGUAGAGUAUCUGCAUCAUGAAAACACACUGGCCUUUAUAUCUUACAGAGUAAUUGAUAACAGUCCCAUCCUCAACAGCUUUGCACACUAUUUGGGUAGAAAGAAUCACAGAAUUGUAGGGGUUGGAAGGGACCUCCAGAGAUCAUCGAGUCCAACCCCCCUGCCAAAGCAGGUUCCCUACACCAGGUUGCACAGGUAGGCGUCCAGACGGGUCUUGAACAUCUCCAGAGAAGGAGACUCCACCACCUCCCUGGGCAGCCUGUUCCAGUGCUCCGUCACCUCACUGUAAAGAAGUUCUUGUGCAUGUUUGUGCAGAACUUCCUAUGCUGCAGUUUCCAGCCGUUUCCCCUUGUCCUGUCUC